CAUGUGUAUGGAGGAGAUUUACUGUACCGUGUGACGACAACUCUGACAGCUGUAGAGGGCUGCUUUUGAUAGUUUUAUUCAACUAUAAAACCGUGUUAAUGGCAAUGCUACAUGGUGUUCUUCUGUGCAAAAAGCAAAUGGCUAUUCGUCUUCCUUCUUUUCGUGUCCCAGUCGCACCAUCUCUCAAGCGCUGUGUGUCGCAGGCUCCACCAGUUAGAGCUCAGAGAUUCAGAGAAGAAGAAGGGAGAUCAUCAUCCAGCAAUCUAGUCGAUGCGAAUUUGAGCGUCCUAAGGAAGAGGAUCGAUGAAGCGAAGACGAAGGAGAGAUUGGAGAGGUGUUGUAGAAGCGAGCUUGGGUGGAACUACGCCACGUCCGGAUGCUAUUCCAUAUCCAAGCAGAGGAAAGACGCAGAGAGGCCAGAGUUCUUUGAACUCCUACUCUUAGUUUGCGGAAAUAUCGCCCUGACAAACAUUGCCUGUGGAUUCUUCCUUUGCUUGGUUUCCAUAUUCAUUCAUUUGAGUCAACUUCACGACCCUUUCUUGUGAAUCUCCCUUUCUCCCUCCAUGUAGUUCUGUAUAGUUGGACACAACAAAGAGUUGUUGGAGCUCACAGAAUUAAAGACUAUGAUUGCUAGCAA